AUGGGCUUCACUCUUCCUAAUCUCAGUUACUUUGGCAUUUCGGGAAAUCGAUUCACUGGUACCAUUCCUUUUUCAGUGUCCAAUAUGUCAAAUCUGGCAUUUCUUUUCAUUGAUGGAAACAAACUCAUUGGAAAAGUGCCUACGUUUGAAAAUUUACAUGACCUUCGUCAUAUAGACAUCUCUGGUAAUAGCUUGGGAAGUGGAAAUGCCAAUGACCUCAGUUUCAUCUCAUCUUUGAGGAAUGCAAGUGGUUUACAAGAACUGGGUCUGAGUAAUAACAAUUUUGGAGGGGUAUUGCCUGACUCUUUUGGAAACCUUUCAACUAAGCUUGUAGGACUGUCAGUAGGAAACAAUCAACUCUUUGGGAGCAUUCCAAAUUGGCUUUCGAUUUUUGCCAACUUCUCAUAUAUUGACAUGAGCAACAAUCAAUUCACAGGUAACAUUCCCCAUGAUAUUGCCAAGCUUGCAAAAAUUCAAAGAUUGGAUUUAUCCCUUAACCGAUUCUCAGGUGAAAUUCCUUCAUUCCUCGGAAAUUUAAGUAUAUUAACAGAACUCCGCCUGGACAACAACAAUUUUUAUGGUAGUAUCCCGUCUAGUUUGGGAAAAUGUCAAAUGUUGAAUGCUUUGAAUAUCUCUCGAAACAGCCUUAGUGGCAUAAUACCUCCACAAGUUUUUGGCAUCUCAUCCUUAGCAUUGUAUUUAGACUUGUCUCACAACCAAUUGACGGGUUCCCUUCCUAUGGAAAUUGGAAAUAUGAAAAAUCUUGGUGAAUUGAUUGUUGCCAAGAACAUGUUAUCUGGUGAGAUUCCGAGCACACUUGGUAGCUGUGUUAGAUUAGAAAAAAUUUACAUGGAAGGAAACUUCUUUCAAGGGAUCAUUCCUUCAUCUUUAAUUUCUUUGAGGGGUAUUCAAUUUCUAGAUGUUUCUUGCAAUAAUCUAUCCGGCCAAGUUCCAGAGUAUCUAGGGGACUUCGAUUUGCAGUAUUUCAAUUUUUCUUACAAUGAUUUCAAGGGCUCGUUGCCAACAAAAGGCAUCUUUAAGAAUGCUAGUGCAAUGUCUUGGAUUGGAAACCCUAAGGUUUGUGGGGGUACUCCUGAAUUACAGCUUCCUAGAUGCAACUUUGAACAAUCUAAGAAGAUUACCUCCACGUUGACCUUUAAAGUGAUAAUCUCUAUGGUUUCUGUGAUUUUGGGUUUAAGUUUGUUGUUGAGUUUUUUUGUACUUUAUUGGUAUAAAAAGAGCAAGACGGUGCUUUCUUCAUAUCCACAGAGAAAAUCCAAUUCAAAAGUGUCUUAUCAAAGUCUCCUCCAAGCUACAGAUGGGUUCUCUUCAACUAAUUUGAUCGGUAUGGGUGGCUUUGGGUCUGUUUAUAAAGGAAUUCUCGAUGAUGGAACAAUUAUCGCUGUGAAGGUUCUUAACCUUUCGCAUCGUGGAGCAACCAAGAGUUUCAAAGCUGAGUGUGAUGCCUUGAGGAACAUAAGACAUCGGAAUCUUGUCAAGGUGCUAACUGCUUGUGUAGGUGUGGAUCAUCAAGGAAAUAAUUUCAAGGCUUUGGUCUACGAGUUCAUGGCUAAUGGCAACUUGGAGGAGUGGCUGCAUCCAAAUCCAAAAGAAAAUCGAGAUGAUAUGGUGUUGAAGAAACUUAACCUUCUUCAAAGAUUAAACAUUGCUAUUGAUGUUGCUGGCGCACUGGAGUAUCUUCACCGUUAUUGCCAGACACCUUUAGUUCAUUGCGAUCUCAAGCCAAGUAAUGUUCUUCUGGACAGUGAAUUGGUUGCUCAUGUAUCUGACUUUGGAUUGGCAAGAUUCCUUCCAAUAGCCACCCAAAAAUCAUCCACAAAUCAAACAAGCUCUAUUGUCAUAAGAGGAUCAAUUGGUUACACUGCCCCAGAGUACGGGAUGGGAAGUGCAUUGUCGACUUAUGGUGAUGUGUACAGCUUUGGCAUGCUCUUGUUGGAAAUGUUCACAGGGAAAAAGCCUACAGAUGACAUAUUUAGAGAUGGUUUUAACCUUCAUAAUUUUGUUGAGGUGGCUUUGCCUGACCGAGUUGCUGAAAUCGUAGAUCCAAUACUUUUCCAGGAAAUUGAAGAGGCACAAAGCUUAAGUGGCAAAAAAAAAUCAAAGCUUGAUGAGUAG